UGCGCAAAGCAUAUCAGCCGUUGGUAUGAUGUUGACAUUCGGUAACUGUCAUCUUAGCUGUUCUUAGUAAAUAAAUCUGUUUGGAUCUCGCAUCAUCAAUCGAAUAAUGACGCCGCGUCGCUGUUGUGCGAAAGAUUGCUUCAAUUCCAAACUGAAUACGAAAGACAUCGAAUACUUCCCAUUUCCGAGAAGUGAAUUCUACGCACAUAAAUGGGCAAUUGCAGCUGGGCGAAGUGAUCUCACCUUGAAGUCUCUGCAAAACCUCUCAAAAUAUCAUCUUUGCGCUGAACAUUUUACCGCGGACAGUUUCGUCAAUCCGCCUUACAACACGAAACUCAAGAAGACACUUCGUCCCCUUAAGGUUCCGAUGCCAACUAUCUUCAAGAACAACAUGCACAAAUUCGACCCUUGCUGCCGUCAAAUUGUCGAAGUCAACAGCUCCGACCCACCUAGUAGCCCGGCCUGUGACGAACCCACGGCGCUUUCAGAUGCAGAGGACACAACGACGAUCCUGGUUAUCCCAGAGCUAUUGGCGGAGCUUGCAAGGAGCGAAAAAGUGAGGUCGCGGUACAGUCAGGAAGAACUCAUUGAAGAAAUCAAAGAUGCCGCUAUCCUGGAUGAACAAUAUUGUGGAUCUAAGGCAGCUUUAGAUGACGACGAAAUUAAGAACGAGUUCCUGAAGCAUGCGUGCCGGCUCUGUGCUGGCGAAUUUGAUUACGAACAACUUACCCGCAUUUUCACGGAUCGGCUGAUACAUGAAACUGUGGACUUUGUUUUACCUGACCAGAUCAAGGAGGAUGACGGCUGUUCAGACUUGAUAUGCCCGGAAUGCCUGGAGAAGGCAAGCAAAUGUGUGGAAAUCAUAAAAAAUUUUCGAAAAGCCCAAGUAGAAUUACGGAAAUCCUUAUUUAAAGAAUCUUGAUAUGAAUGCAGCAGCUCUCUGGAAAUAUAUUUUAAUAACAUGUG